AAAAAAAAAAAAAAGCAGCUUUUAAAACUUGAACACUCUCUUCUUGCUUGUUGUUUCUGUUGUUUGGUUUUUACAAAACCUGAGCUGAGAAACACACUGCAAAAUUUGGUUUUUGUUAACUGUGUGAUGAUAACAUCUGAUUUGGUAGCUAAAAAACGAAUCUUUAUAGGUUUGUUUUUGGCCCCUCCUUUUUUGUUCCACUUCUUGGUUAGUAGUUAGCUGGUGGCUGACAAGAUAACAAGAAGUAUCAAUUAAUGUUUUUGGAAUUAGAAACUCAAGACUUAUUCUUUGAUUCUUUUAAAGGCGUGUAAAAUUUCAUAAUAUUCUAGUGCCUGUUUUCAUUCUGAAGUUGAAGUUUUAUUUUUUUUUUAUUUGGUUGGAUAAGAUAGCAUCUUUGUCAUAAAACUUGGUCGUGUCUCAUGUUUCUUUUCUAUUCACCUUUGAAAUCUAGUUUAUUUUUCAAAGAAUUUGAAGGUGGUUUCAUUUAUUGAGCUUCUUCUAUCUCUUACAAGUUCACAACUUUUUAGUUUAGUGAAGUAGCCUUUGUUUGGAAGUUUGUGAAGAAGAUUCUGUGGAUUUGACAGUGUUACUAGUUAACUUGUGUUGGUUACUGUUCUUAAUGAGUUUGCUCCAUGUAAUUGGAUUUGGUCUUAAGGUGGGGCAUCUACUUUUAGUGCUAUGUUGCUGGAUUAUAUCUGUCAUUUACAUCAACUGGUUCAAUAGCAUGGACACCACCAAGAUGGGUUUUUUAGGAGAUGGUGGAAAGAUGUGGCUCAAAUGGUGGGAAAAGAUCUUGUGCAGCACAUGUAAAAUCCAUCAGCACUACUAUCACUGUAUUGGGUCUAAGAAAGUUAGGGGAACUUUGUGGAGGAAAUUAUUGCUGACAUGGGUUUUGGGUUGGUGCAUAGUAUCUUUGUGGAUCUUCUGUUGUAUGAGCUUACAAGCUACUGAGAAGAGGAAAGAGACUUUGGCUAGUAUGUGUGAUGAAAGAGCUAGAAUGUUACAGGACCAGUUUAAUGUUAGUAUGAAUCAUAUUCAAGCUAUGUCUAUCUUGAUCUCAACUUUUCAUCAUGCUAAGAACCCCUCUGCCAUUGAUCAGAGAACAUUUGCAAAGUAUACAGAAAGAACAGCUUUUGAGAGGCCACUUACAAGUGGUGUUGCAUAUGCUGUAAGGGCGCUUCAUUCUGAAAGGGAACAAUUUGAGAAGCAACAAGGGUGGACAAUUAAGAGAAUGGAUACUUUGGAGCAGAAUCCGGUUCACGAAGACGACUAUGUACCUGAUGCAUUGGAACCAUCACCUAUCCAUGAGGAAUAUGCUCCUGUCAUCUUUGCACAGGAUACAAUUUCACAUGUUAUAUCUAUUGAUGUUCUUUCUGGAAAGGAAGACCGUGAAAAUGUGUUGCGUGCAAGAGAAUCUGGUAAAGGAGUUUUAACUGCCCCUUUCAGGCUGUUGAAGACAAACCGUUUAGGGGUUAUCCUCACAUUUGCUGUCUACAAGACAGAUCUUCCAUCAAAUGCUACCCCAAAUGAAAGGAUUGAAGCUACUGAUGGGUAUCUUGGUGGGGUGUUUGAAAUAGAGUCAUUAGUGGAGAAAUUGCUUCAGCAGCUUGCUAGCAAGCAAACUGUGAUUGUUAAUGUGUAUGACACAACUAAUCAUACCCACCCAAUUCCCAUGUAUGGUUCAAAUGAAUCUGGUGAUGUGUUCUAUCAUGUCAGCCAUCUUAACUUUGGAGAUCCUUUCAGGAAGCAUGAGAUGCACUGCAGGUUCAAACAGAAACCACCAUGGCCAUGGUUGGCGAUAACUACAUCAAUUGGCAUCCUUAUUAUUGCACUCCUUGUUGGACAUAUAUUUCAUGCAACUGUAAAUCGAAUUGCCAAAGUAGAGGAGGAUUGUCGCAAGAUGACGGAGCUUAAAAAACUAGCUGAGGAAGCUGAUGUUGCUAAAUCCCAGUUCCUUGCUACUGUUUCGCACGAGAUCAGAACUCCAAUGAAUGGUGUUUUAGGGAUGAUGAAUAUGCUCAUGGACACUGAUCUAGAUGUAACCCAACAGGAAUAUGUCAGAACUGCACAAGGCAGUGGAAAAGCUCUGGUGUCAAUUAUAAAUGAAGUUUUGGACCAGGCAAAAAUUAAAUCUGGUAAGUUAAAGCUCGAGGCUGUGCUGUUCGAUAUACGUGCAAUUAUGGAUGAUGUAUUGUCACUUUUUUCUGAGAAAUCUCAAGGAAAAGGAGUAGAGUUGGCAGUUUAUGUUUCGGAUCAGGUCCCUGAACAACUUAUAGGCGACCCAGGACGGUUUCGACAAAUAAUUACAAAUCUCAUGGGUAACUCAAUUAAGUUCACAGACAAAGGACACAUCUUUGUAACUAUCCAUCUUGUUGAGGAGGUUUUUCAUUCAAUAGAAGUCGAGAGAGAAUCCACUUCAAAAGAUAUAGAAGGUACAUUAAGUGGUUUACCAGUUGCUGAUGGUCGCCGCAGCUGGGAAGGAUUCCGAGCUUUCAGUAACGAGGGACUUCUCGGCUCUUUCUCAUCCUCCUCCAAUGAUCUCGUCAAUUUGAUUGUAUCGGUCGAAGAUACAGGCGAAGGUAUUCCUCUAGAGGCUCAGUCGAUGAUAUUCAUUCCAUUCAUGCAGGUAGGCUCAUCUAUGUCGAAAAAACACGGUGGAACUGGAAUUGGUCUAAGCAUUAGCAAGUGUUUGGUUGGCCUCAUGAAUGGAGAAAUUGGAUUUGUCAGUGAACCGAAGAUCGGAAGCACUUUCACAUUUACAGCUAUGUUCACCAAUGCAUGUCCUCAUUCAAAUGAGUUUAAAACUCAGCAAAUCAACAACCAACCUCACCCUGCAUUUUCAGAUUUUCAUGGAAUGGCUGCACUAGUUAUCGACCCGCGGGCCGUUCGAGCUGAAGUGUCGAGGUAUCACAUCCAACGGCUUGGCAUUCGUGUUGAAAUAGUUUCGGAUUUGAAGCGAGGUUUGUCCUUCAUAUCCAAUAAGAAUGUAGUUAUCAAUAUGAUCCUUAUUGAACAAGAGGUUUGGGAAAAAGACUCAAGCAUUUCAUCAAACUUUGUGAAUAACAUUAGGAAAAUUGAAGUUGAUAAUGUGGUUCCUCCAAAGCUAUUCAUUCUUGUUAAUUCUAGUAGUUCUUUAAGAUCAAGUUCUGUGACAUCAAGUGUUCAUAAUCCAACCAUCACGAAACCUUUGAGAGCAAGUAUGCUAGCUGCUUCAUUACAAAGAGCUAUGGGUGUUGGGAACAAGGGAAAUCCUCGAAACGGAGAACACCAGGGUUUGUCGCUCCACCAUCUUCUUUCUGGGAGAAAGAUUCUUAUUGUUGAUGACAAUAGCGUGAACCGCACGGUAGCGGCUGGUGCUUUGAAAAAGUAUGGAGCUGAAGUGGUUUGUGUAAGCAGUGGAAAAGAUGCCAUCUCUAUGCUGAAGCAACCUCAUCAGUUUGAUGCUUGUUUCAUGGAUGUUCAAAUGCCUGAAAUGGAUGGGUUUGAAGCUACAAGCCGAAUUAGAGAGAUUGAAAGGAGUGUGAACAAUUCAAAGUUUCAUCUACCAAUUUUGGCUAUGACCGCAGACGUGAUCCAAGCUACACAUGAAGAAUGCUUAAAGCGUGGAAUGGAUGGAUAUGUUUCAAAACCAUUUGAAGCUGAACAACUUUAUAGAGAGGUUUCAAAGUUUUUCCAAUCUUCUUGAGAAAGAAAAAUACAAUGCUGUUCUAAACCACAAACAGUGGAAGCACCAGCACCAGCACCUACUCGUUAGGUCAUAGAUGUGAAUAUAUAGGGAAUGUACAUUGGAGCAAAGUUUGAUUGGUUGGAAGUUGAAAUUGAGUUUUGAAUGGUUGUUAGUUAGGGUAUCAAAAGUCUCAUUGAUUCUUAUACGCAAAUUCACUCUAAGUACCAAUUGGAAAUGAUUGAGGAGGAAUUUGAAGACCCUCUUCCUUCCGCAUGUAAUAUUAUUACUACUACUCACAUUACUCCAAUAACCUUUUACUCAUGUGUAUUCAUAUUAAUGUAUGUAAGUAUGUGUAUAAGAGAUUGAUUGAAUUGAGUCCAUAGAGAGAAAGGAAAUUAGGUUGUUGGUGACAUAGGUGCCAAAGUUUCAUCAAUAGUCCAUGUAAAUGUGAAUUACAAUAAUCAAGGGAGUUUCAUCAUUUGCCAUUCACGCGCUGUAAAAUUAUAUUUAUUUGAGUGAUCCACCAUUUUUUUGCCCGAUUUGUA